CGACCGAUUAACUUAUAAAAGGAGGUCUUCCUUUGAUCCUUGAAGAAAACAUCUACUCUUCUUUAUUUUUUGAUAUGGUUGCUUUUCCAGCUAUCUUUCUCACAUUCGCUGCACUGGUCCUUGAGAUCUUCUCCCUCAUUGGCAACACAUACAACAAGCCUUUCUUGAGGGACCUUUACUUUGCAAGAAUAAGUACUUCGGGUGCAACUUAUGAUUUCGGAUUAUGGAACUACUGUGUGGGAGAUGGUAGUGGAACAAUCACAGAGUGCAGCAAGCCAGUAGCUGCUUUCCCAUGGAGUCAAGCCUCGGGUCUUAACAACAUCGACGGUCUCGCUGGUCAUGACAAGCUCUUUAUGGCUGUCUUCGUCAUGUACUUUAUCGCUACUGCUCUUACUUUCCUUGCUUUGGCCAUCACCUUCCUUAACGGUUUUAGCCGUGGUUCCGAUCUUUGUGCUUCCUUCAGCACCUUCCUUGCCUUCGUUGUUAUGCUCGUUACCCUUAUCAUGAGUCUCGUCAUUGACCUUCAAGGUAUUCAUCAGGUUAGUUCUGCCAUUAGUGGAGCUUCCGGUCAUCUUGGUCCCGCUACAUGGAUGACUGUUGGCGCCACUGCUGCUCUUCUUCUUGCAUCUGGUUGGUGGCUCUUGGCUUGCUGCUGCGGAUCUGGCCGUGUUAAUGCUUAUGACAAGGAGGCUGCUGGAUACCGACGCCGCUGGUGGUAAAUCUGAAUGGAUCAGAGAAUGAUUGCGAAUACCGUAAAAUUUAUAUUUCAACACACACCCCUCAGUGUAAAUAAUAAUUUACUAUCCCGUCCAAAGGCAUCCUGUAUAAAAUAACUCCUUUCAUGCUUUAAUAUAAUGUAUAUUUUUAUAACCAAAACAACCACUGAGAGAUGUUUACAAUGUGAAUGAGAAUGAAGAUGUGCCGGUCAUGUUGGCAAAGUAAUA